AUGGCGAAAGGGCUCAGCCGGCUGUUCUAUUUUGUGAUACUGACUUGCGUCUCAGAUUUAAUUUUCGCUGGAAUACAUUACGUGAUCCCCGAAGAAAUGGAGCGCGGUGCGUUUGUUGGGAAUAUCGCGGAAGAUUUAGGCCUCAGUACUGGUGACAUGUCGUUUCGAAAAUUUCGUCUUGUCUCAGACGAUGGGAGGCGUGUAUUUAAAGUGAAUAUGGGGAAUGGUGCUUUAGUUGUGAACGAGAGAAUCGACAGAGAAAUUCUCUGUGGACGAAGUGCGAUUUGUUCUGUUUCUCAGGAUGUAGCGGUAGACAAUCCUUCAGAAAUACACAGUGUCGAUGUGGAAAUAUUGGAUAUAAAUGAUAACUCGCCCAGAUUUCCCAAAAUGAGAUACGCCUUACAAAUAUCUGAGGUAACUGCAGCAGGAGCUCGUUUCCCACUCGAGAGUGCGCAAGAUGCCGAUGUGGGAACAAAUGCAGUGAGUAGUUAUGAAAUCAGCACAAACAAGCACUUCAGCCUGAAGACUCGGACCAGAAGCGAUGGAACUAAAAUUGCAGAGCUGAUGUUAGAUAACCCUUUAGACCGCGAGCAACUCUCGAUAUUUCAUCUGAUACUGACGGCCAUUGACGGUGGGGCUCCUCGUAGAUCUAGCACUGCAGAAAUAGUGAUUACUGUCCUCGAUGUAAACGACAAUGCCCCAGUAUUUGAUCAUCAGAUAUACAGAGUUAACGCAUUGGAGAACUUACCUGAAAAUACGUUGAUCAUAACAUUAAGUGCUGUUGAUUUAGACCAGGGAACAAAUGGUGAAGUAAAGUACUAUUUCACAAGCCACGUUUCUCAUCGUGUGAGGGAGUUGUUCAGUUUGAACCUCGCAACUGGGCAGAUCAGAGUUCAAGGAUCACUGGACUAUGAAGAAGAGAAAGUUUACCAACUUGAUGUAGAAGCUGUAGACAAUGGUACGCCCGCAUUAGUUGGGCUUGGCGAGGUUAUUGUUGAAUUAGUUGACGUUAAUGAUAACGCGCCGGAGUUAAAAAUAAGCUCGUUCUUUAUUGAAGUAAGCGAAGAUGCUGCAAGUGGAACUGUGCUCGCUAAAAUAAGCGUAACCGAUCGUGAUUCAGGUGAAAAUGGACAAGUGCGGUGUCAGUUGCCACCAAAUAUGCCGUUUAAACUUCAAAAAUCUUUGAACGGGCAAUACAAACUAGUAGUGAGUGACCCACUGAAUCGCGAAAUCUCUCCCUAUUACAACAUUUCCGUUUCUGCCUGGGAUGCAGGAUCACCACCUCUUUCCACAAAUAAAACUAUCCACAUUUCGGUUUCUGAUAUCAAUGAUAAUGCACCACAAUUUACGCAGGCGGUAUAUAAUGUGUUCCUGAUGGAAAACAAUGCUCCUGGUGCGUCAAUAUUUGAUGUUAGCGCUUUUGACCCUGAUAUGGGCAAGAACAGUGCUGUAUCGUAUUUCCUAUUGGACAGUUUCACACGUGAAAAUUCCGUGUCUGGCCACUUUAGUGUUGACUCGGAAAAUGGACACCUUUACGCGCUACGCCCUUUUGACUAUGAAAUACAGAAGAAAUUUCAGAUCAAAGUUCAGGCUCAGGAUGGCGGUACUCCCUCACUGACCAGCACUGCUCUCGUAAAUAUUAUUAUCCUGGACCAAAAUGACAACGCCCCAGUCAUUGUCUCACCUUCAAACCACAGCAGUCCGAUUUUGAUUGUACCAAAAUCUGCGCAUCCCGGAUACUUGGUGACCAAAAUAAUUGCGACAGACGCAGAUUCUGGACAGAAUGCACGACUUUCUUACCAGCUCAUAGAAGCUACUGAUCACAGCAUUUUUAAUGUGGGAUUUACCUCUGGCGAAAUUCGAACAACUCGAAAUUUUAGGGAGAAAGAUGUCCUGAGACAGAUGCUCGUAAUUUUGGUCAGGGAUAAUGGGCAGCCGAGUCUCUCUAGUGCAGUUUCAAUUCUCUUUACAAUCCAAAGUAACGUUACUGAAAACACCUUUGAACAAAAACGCAAACCAAGAAAUUCAGAAUUAUUUUCAGAUUUAAAUUUUCUAUUGAUCAUAAUUUUAGGAUCAACUUCCUGCAUAUUUCUAUUUAUAAUAGUUUUUCUGGUCGUUGUGAAAUGCAAACAAGACAGGAAUAUUUGCUGUUACACGUCCAGGAUGUGCUGCUACAGGUUGAGGAAUUCAGCCGAUGCCACUCAUUGUCGAGGUGUCCCGAAAGCAAAUUUAAAUUAUCUAGAUUCGGCUCAGACUCUCCCAAUUGGACAAUCAUAUAAUUACACCGUCUGUCUUUCACCCGAAUCCUCUAAGAGCGAUUUUUUGUUUUUAAAGCCGUGCAACCCGACAUUGCCUCUGGAUGAUAUUAAUAUUCGUGACGCAGCAUUAUCAAAGUUUGAUGAUUUGGAUGUAGAAGUAUUUUUCAUUUCGUUUGAAAUAAAAUUGCUGGUGACAGUGUGUGGGUACUGGCGAUUCAAACGAAGGGUGAGAGCCGGACAAGAAAACGAAAUUAGGUGGCAUUUUGAGCAGAUUUACAAUUGGAUCGAACACGGAACAAUGGCGAGAAGGCUCAACCGGCUGCUCUUUUUUGUGUUACUGACUUGUGUCUCGGAUCUAAUUUUGGCUCAAAUACAAUACGUGAUCCCCGAAGAAAUGGAGCGCGGUGCUGUUGUUGGGAAUAUCGCGGAAGAUUUAGGCCUAAGCAUUGGAGAGAUGUCAUUUCGCAAAUUUCGGCUCGUCACUGACGACAGAAUGGAAUUGCUGAAGGUGAAUAUGGGGAGUGGCAUUUUAGUUGUGAACGAGAGAAUCGACAGGGAAAUGCUGUGUGGGCAAAGUGCGACUUGCUCUAUUUCUCAGGAUUUAGCGGCAGACAAUCCAUUAGAAAUGUAUCUUGUCAAUGUGGAAAUAUUGGAUGUAAAUGAUAACUCGCCUAUAUUUCCUAAAAUGAGAUACGCAUUUCAAAUAUCUGAGUUAACUGCAGCAGGAGCACUUUUUCCACUCGAGAGUGCGCACGACGAAGAUGUGGGUACAAAUGCAGUGAGUAGUUAUGAAAUCAGCACAAACAAACAUUUUGGAAUGAACACUCGGACCAGAAGUGAUGGGAGUAAAAUUGCAGAGCUGAUGUUAGAAAACCCCUUAGACAGGGAGCAACACUCGAGUUUUCAUCUGACACUGACGGCCAUUGAUGGUGGAAUUCCUCAAAGAUCUGGUACUGCAGAAAUAGUCAUCACUGUACUGGAUGGAAAUGAUAAUGCCCCAGUAUUUGAUCAUCAGAUAUACAACAUAAACGCAUUGGAGAACAUACCUAUAGGUACCAUGAUCACAACAUUACAUGCUGUUGAUUUGGACCAGGGAACAAAUGGCGAGGUAAGGUACUAUUUAACUAACUACGUUUCUCACAGGGUGAGGGAAUUGUUCAAUUUGAACCCAGAAACUGGACAGAUCAGUGUUCAAGGUUCACUGGACUAUGAAGAAAAGAAAUCUUACCAACUUGAUGUAGAAGCUGUGGACAAUGGUUCGCCCGCAUUAGUUGGACGCGCGGAGAUCCUUAUUGAAUUGGUUGACGUUAAUGAUAACGCCCCGGAUUUAAAAGUAAACUCUCUAUCCAUUGAAGUAAGCGAAGGUGCUGCAGGAGGGACUGUGAUCGCCAUUAUAAGUGCAACGGAUCGUGAUUCAGGCGAAAAUGGGCACGUGAAGUGUCAUUUGCCACCAAAUAUCCCGUUUAAACUUCAAAAAUCUUUGAAUAGGCAAUACAAUUUAAUAGUGAGUGACACACUGAAUCGCGAAACCAUUCCUUUCUACAACAUUUCCAUAUCAGCCUGGGAUGCAGGAUCACCCCCUCUUUCAACAAAUAAAACUAUCCACGUUUCGGUUUCUGAUAUAAAUGAUAAUGCACCACAGUUUACUCAGAUGUUAUAUAAUGUGUUCCUGAUGGAAAACAAUGUUCCUGGUGCAUCAAUAUUUGCUGUUACCGCUUUAGAUGCUGAUUUGGGCAAGAAUAGCGAGAUAUCGUAUUCCCUAUUGGACAGUUUUUUAACUGAAACCUCCGCGUCUGGCCAAUUUAGUGUUAAUUCAGAAUGUGGGCUCAUUUAUGCACUGCGCUCUUUUGACUACGAAAUGCAGAAGAAUUUUCAGAUCAAAGUUCAGGCUCGUGAUAGUGGAACUCCCUCACUGAGCAGCACUGCUCUCGUGAAUGUUGUUAUUCUGGACCAAAAUGACAAUGCCCCAGUCAUUGUAUCACCUUCAAACAUGGCGACUGUGUUUGUUCCAAAAUCUGCACAUCCCGGGUACUUGGUGACCAAAGUAAUUGCUACUGACGCAGAUUCUGGACAGAAUGCAAGACUGUCUUUUCAGCUCAUUGAAGCUACCGAUCAUAGCAUUUUUAGCGUGGAAUUUACCUCUGGAGAAAUCACAACAACGCGAAAUUUUAGGGAGCAAGUUGCUGUUAGACAGGCGAUUGCAGUUUUGGUCAGGGACAAUGGACAGCCAAGUCUCUCCAGUACAGUCUCAAUUCUCUGUACAGUUCAACAUAACGUUACUGAAAAUACCUCGGAUCGAAAAUACAAACCUCGAAAUCCUGAAUUAUUUUCAGAUUUAAAUUUUUUAUUGAUCAUAAUUUUUGGAUCAACUUCCUGCAUAUUUCUAUUUGUAAUAUGUUUGCUGGUCGUUGUGAAAUACAAACAAGAUAGGAAUAUUUAUUGUUACACGUCUAGAAUAUGCUACCAUGGACAGAGGAAGUCAACCAAUGCUUCUCAUUGUAGAGACGUCGCAGAAUCAAAUCUAGAUUCUGUUCAAACUCUGCCUGUUCGGGACUCAUAUAAUUACACCGUUUGUCUCUCACCUGAAUCCUCUAAAAGUGAGUUUUUGUUUUUAAAACCGUCUCACCCAACGUUGCCUCUGGAUGAUACUAAUAUUCAUGACACAGAGAGAUAUAGUGAAAAACUCCAUGUUUCUAUGGAGAUCGUGGACUGCACUGAGACUUCAACAGCUCAGUUACGAGUAUUAUUCGAGGCAAGCAAGUGCCAGUUAAAAGUCCGCAUCUGCAAUUCUUUCAUAUUUGUUGUUCAGAGUAUCACAAACCUGCUGAACAGCAUAGAGACAGAAAUAAAGGCUACGAAGAUCAGAAACGGAUUCGAUAGCUCACUAACUGAGAUACUGUACAAUACCAGGCUCACAAGCCGAAAUUACUGGAAGACUGGAGGUUGGAUAACAUACCGUCUGUUCUAUUUUGUGUUGCCGACUUGUGUCUCGGAUUUUAUUUUCGGUCAAAUACAUUACUUGAUCCCCGAAGAAAUCGAGCGAUGUGCUUUUGUUGGGAAUAUUGCGGAAGAUUUGGACCUAAGUGUUGGAGAGAUGCCGUUUCGGAAAUUUCGACUCGUUCCUGAUGAUGGAAUGCAGUUACUGAAGGUGAACAUGGAGAACGGUAUUUUAGUUGUGAACGAAAAAAUUGACAGAUAAACUCUCUGUGGACGAAGAGCAUACUAUUUUGUUUCUCGGAAUGUAGCGGUAGAAAAUCCAUUGGAAAUGCAUUGUGUCGAUGUGAAAAUAUUGGAUGUAAAUGAUAACUCGCCCAAAUUUCCCGAAUUGAGAUAUGCAUUACAAGUAUCUGAGUUAACUGCAGCAGGAUCUCUUUUCCCACUCGAGAGUGCGCACGACGCAGAUGUGGGUAUAAAUGCAGUGAAUAGUUAUGAAAUCAGCAGAAACAAUCACUUUGGCUCGAAGACACACACCAGGAGCGAUGGGAGUAAAAUAGCAGAGCUGAUGUUAGAAAACCCCUUAGACCGUGAGAAAGAGUCAACAUUUCACCUGACACUGACGGCCAUUGACGGUGGAAUUCCUCGAAGAUCUGGUACUGCAGAAAUAGUAAUUACUGUACUGGAUGUAAACGAUUAUACCCCAGUAUUUGAUCAUCAAUUAUACAGAGUUAGCACAUUGAAGAACAUGCCUAAAGCUACCUUAAUGAUGACAUUAAAUGCUGUUGAUUUAGACCAGGGAACAAAUGGCGAAGUAAAGUACUAUUUAACCAGCCACCUUUCUCAUAGUGUGAGAGACUUGUUCAGUUUAGACUCCGACACUGGUCAUGUCAGAAAUCAAGGAUAACUGGACUAUGAAGAGGAAAAGGUUUAUCAACUUGGAGUACAGGCUUUGGACAAUGGCAAACCCGCAUUGGUUGUACGCGCCGAGAUUAUUGUUGAAUUAGUUGACGUUUAUGAUAACGCGCCGGAGUUAAAAAUAAAUUCGCUAUCCAUUGAAGUACACGAAGAUGUUCCAAGCGGGACUGUGAUCGCUAUAAUAAGUGCAAUGGAUCAUAAUUCCGGUGAAAACGGACAAGUGCAAUGUCAGUUGCAACCAAAUAUCACGUUUAUUCUUCAAAAAUCUGCGAACAAGCAACACAGUUUAGUCGUCGGCGAAACACUGAAUCGCGACCUCUCUUUCUAUAACAUCUCCAUUUCAGCCUGGGAUGCAGGGUCACCCUGUCUUUACACAAUUAAAAGUAUCCACAUUUCUGUUUCUGAUAUAAAUGACAAUGUACCACAAUUUACGCAGUCGUUAUAUAAUGUGUUCCUGAAGGAAAAUAAUGCUCCUGGCGCAUCAAUAUUUUCUGUUACCGCCUUGGAUCCUGAUUUGGGCAAAAAUAGCGAGAUAUCGUAUUUCCUAUUGGACAGUUUCAUACAUGAAACUGGCGACUUUAGUGUUAACCCCGAAAGUGGGCAGAUUUACGUGCUGCGCAUUUUUGACUAUGAUGCACAAAAUUUUCAGGUCAACGUUCAGGCUCAGGAUGGUGGAACUCCCUCACUGACCAGCACUGCUCUCUUGAGUGUUGUCAUUCUGGACCACAAUGACAAUACGCCAGCCAUACUAUCACCUUCAAACGACAACACUUCGGCUGUAAUUGUACCAAAGUCUGUAAGUCCCAGGUACUUGGUGAGCAAAAGUUUUGACGACGCAGAUUCUGGACAGAACGCAUGACUUUCCUACCAGUUCAUAAAAGCUACUGAUCAGAACAUUUUUAGCGUGGGAUUUACCUCUGGAGAAAUCAGAACAACUCGAAAUUUUAGGGAGGAAGAUGCUGUUAGACAGAUGAUUGUAGUUUUGGUCAAGGACAAUGGGCAGCCUAGUCUCUCCAGUGAAAUCUCUAUUCUCUUUACAAUCCAAGAAAACGUUACUUACAAAACCUAUGAACAAAGAAGCGAACCUAGAAAUCCUGAAUUAUUUUCAGAUUUAAAUAUCCUUUUGAACACAAUUUUAGGAUCAACGUCCUUUAUAUUUCUAUUAAUAAUACUUUUUCUGAUCGUUGUGAAAUGCAAGCAAGGCAAUGAUAUUUCUUGUUUCACAUCCAGAAUCUGUUGCUAUAGACGGAAGAAUCCAACCGAUUCCUCUCAUAGUAGAGCUGUUCCAAAAGCAUAUUUAAAUGAUAUAGAUUCGGCUCGAACACUGCCUUAUCGGGAAUCAUAUAAUUAUAGAAUUUGUCUCUCCCCGGAAUCCUCUAAGAGCAAUUUUUUGUUUUUAAAACCGUGUCACCGGACGUUGCCUCUGGAUGAGAUUAAUAUCAGAUCUGACGCUCCAGAAAAGAAAAAGUCCAGUAACAGCUGUGGAAAGAAUAUCUUAGCAUCGGGCACCCUGCUUUAUUUAAUUCGCUUAUUUUUCGUCACUGACAUUGUUUUGGGGCAAAUUCAAUAUUCAAUUCCGGAGGAACUAGAGCAUGGAGCUUUCGUGGGGAAUAUUGCCGAAGAUUUAAAGUUAAGUAUUAGGAGACUGGUUACUCGCAAAUUCCGUCUCGUCACUGAUGAGACGAGUAAAUACUUCGAUGUCGACUUAGAAAAUGGGAUUUUAUUUGUUUCUAAAAUAAUAGAAAGAGAACAAAUUUGUGGGCAUAUUUCAAACUGCGUAAUUUCAUUUGAAGUUGUGAUGGAAAAUCCUUUGGAAAUAUAUAGCGUCGACGUGGAGGUGAGAGAUAUAAAUGAUAAUUCACCUACAUUUGUAAAGGACAAGAUUUUCGUGGAAAUCGCGGAGUCAUUUGCCCCAGGAGCGCGCUUUCCUCUGGAGGGCGCACAAGAUUUGGAUGUAGGCAGCAAUUCUGUCAGCGCUUACCGGAUCAGUUCGAACGAAUACUUCGGUCUCAACACACAGACCCGAAGUGACGGCAGUAUAGUUGUUGAGUUGUUAUUAGAGAGGUCUUUGGACCGAGAAAAAGAUUCAACAUUUCAUCUUGUACUGACGGCGAUGGACGGUGGCAUUCCGGAACGAUCGGGUACAGCCGAAAUAAUAGUUACAGUUCUGGAUGCCAAUGACAACGCUCCUGUGUUCGAACACGAAAAGUAUGAAGUCAGCUUGCUCGAGAAUGUCCCGCAAGGCUUUUUGGUCAUCCAGCUCAAAGCGAAUGAUGCAGAUGAAGGGACGAAUGCUGAGGUACAAUAUUUUUUCAACACACAUACAUCUCAAAGGGUGCGUCAGCUGUUCAGGCUGAACGCAGAAAGUGGAGAAAUUGAAGUACAAGGUGUUCUAGACUUUGAAGAGUCAAUUGUUUACGAAAUUGAAGUACAAGCUGCAGAUAAAGGCGCGUUAUCACUGGCGGGACACACUCAAGUCCGGGUCACAUUAAUUGAUGUCAAUGACAACACGCCCGAAAUUAAAGUGACCUCAGUAUCCAAUGCAAUCCCUGAGGAUGCGGCGUUAGGUACGACAAUAGCUUUAAUUAGUGUAACGGACAGAGAUACUGGAGAUAAUGAGAGAAUUGAUUGCCAAGUGCUUACGGGCAGUCCUUUUAAACUCCAAGAAUCUCUGAAGAACCAAUAUAAGUUAAUUACAAAUGGCAUACUAGAUCGUGAAAUGGUUCCUUUGUACAAUGUGACCAUUAUUGCCUGGGAUGCUGGAACUCCACCUCUUUACACAAAUAAAACUAUUGUGGUGUUCGUAACAGAUAUAAAUGACAACACGCCGAGCUUUACGCAAUCUUUAUAUACUGUAUACGUGAAGGAGAACAAUGCUCGGGGUACUUCAUUCUUUACAGUUACGGCUUUGGAUCCUGAUUUUGGACAAAAUUCGCGCGUAUCCUAUUCUAUUCUGGGUAACCAAUACGAAGAUUUUUCGGUUCCAAUUUAUAUUGAUAUUGAUUCCAACGAUGGAAGCAUCUAUGCGCUACGUUCUUUUGACUAUGAGCAAACAAAAAGCUUUCAAAUUCGCGUGCAAGCAAUGGAUAAUGGAAUUCCUAAACUGAGUAGUAGCACUACUGUUACUGUGACUGUUCUCGAUGAAAACGACAAUGCCCCCAUAAUAAUUUCUCCUUUAACGAGAAACGGUUCAGCGACGUUGCGAAAGGUACCUCAAUCAGCAUUUCCGGGAUAUUUAGUUACCAAGAUAAUCGCGUCUGAUGCAGAUUCUGGCCAGAAUGCACGACUUUCCUUUCAAUUACUUGGAGCUACUGACAGUAGUUUAGUCACUUUAGGGCCUCAAUCUGGGGAAAUCAAGUUAGCUCGGCCACUUACUGAUAAAGAUCACAGUACACAACGUCUGAAUAUCCUCGUGAAGGACAACGGAGAGCCAAACCUUUCAAGCAAAGCAUCCUUAUUGUUUUCAAUAAUGAGCAGCGCUAAUGAAACAUUCGUUGAAUCUCGUGAUUUGCUCAAGAAAACCAAGUACUUUUCAGAUCUUAAUUUGUAUUUAAUAAUUAUUUUGGGGACAAUUUCCUUGAUAUUUUUUGUGACAAUUAUUAUCCUUUUUGUCGUUAAAUUGCGUCAAGGUACACAUGUUCGUGAUUACAAUUCUGAGUUUUGCUGUGCGUGUUCAAAUUCUUUGGAUAGCCGUAAUCAGAGGCAGUCUCCAGCAGAAUAUCUGAACUAUCUUGGAGAAAACCAAACGAUCUCUGUUCGUAAUCGCCAGGACUAUAGGAUGUAUUUAUCCCCAAAUGCACAGGGAACUGACUUUUUGUUCAUAAAACCCUACGAUGCAACUUUGCCCUUCAGUGAAGUGAAGGAAAAUACUAUCAACACCUCGACAGUGCAUGCUGACGAAACAAUUACGUUGAACGAUAGGUAUCGCAAAGGGGAACAGUUAAAUGUACGUGGCCAAGAUUGAUGCAAAUAAUAUAACAACAACAUUUGGACAAUGACAGCGUUCACUGGAAUUCCCAAAUGAUUAAUAGCAACCCAUCGAUGCCAUUGCAACAACAUUGAACUACUGACUUCCGUAUAUGUGUCAUUGAAGAAUUUCUUUUUAAUGGCUCAUUACCCAGCAUGGUUCCAACGAUAUAAAGACUUUUGACAAAUUGC